AUGGCUUCUAGCCCAUUUCCCACAAAACUCAGCGACCUGAAAUUGAACGACUCUACGGAUAGCCCUUCAUUUUACGCUCAACUACGAUCCAUUAAGAAAUCCACCUUGUCCGUCCGCAAUCGCUUGACAUCGAUUGUCAUCGAUGCAAAAUUUGUCAAGAGUGUCUCGGACUUCUACCGGCUUCCACUAGUCGCUAAUGAACGAUGUGGGAGUUGGUACAUUGAUCCCCGCGACAAAGCUGGCAGCGCCUACUUCAAAAGCACCGAUGGUCAUCAUGGCAUAUGGAGUUUUUCUCUGAGAAGACUCAACCUGCAACUCUUGCCUAUCUUGGGACAGCACGGUGGAGCUGUUAUUGUCGAUUCGACCAGACGAGGGAAAAAUCUUCCAGACGCGUUUAGCAAGACUGUACCAAUCUGGGUUGCUGUCCUCAACCGCGCCUUGUUCCCGGAGUCGAAGGGAUAUCAUGGAUUUCAGGGUCCGCCUCCGCCAGAUGAUCUCGGAAAAUCAGAGAUUUCACAGAUCGAGGCCAAGCUUGAUGGCUUUGUUCAGGCUUUCUUAUCCUUGAACAUCGAUCCAAGUGUCCUGCGGGAACAGCUCAAAAGACCUAUCCGUGUUCACUGGGUGAUAAACACAGGGUUUGACCUUGAAAAAGUGGAUCUGCCUGACGAAACUCAAGAGGCAACAACUUCUACGCAUGAUCAUCGACUUGUUUUGUGCUCAGCGUCUCAUCGAGUGCAUGGCGCAGAAGUCUCAGAGGGCGGAUACAUUCAAGGAGCGGGCGAUGACAGCGAAGGGUGGUCCCACGGCCUAGAUCCUACAUUAUUUUGGAAACACCAAGACAACUUGAUGAUGACCUCGGAAGAGGAUCUCCCGGAUCUCAUCAAGGGGCUCCUUGCCGCGGAGGAUGCAAAACCGGUGCAGUACACGCUGAUUCAGCCUACGACACAGCUCUAUAUCGGCGCUGGGCCAGCCCUAGAACAAAGUGAAUUCCAUUUAAUUGUCAAUUGCCAGGGAAAAUCUCAAGACACGUCAUCCAAAGUACUCAAUCUCGAUUGUCGAGCGGGUAAACUGGGCAGCAAGGACCUCAGACAAAAACUCCCUUCUGCUGUCCAUGCCAUUUCGAAUCAAUUGCAAAAAGACCCGCAGAGUAGGAUCUUGGUGACCUGCACCAGCGGCCGGGACCUCAGUGCUGGUGUCGUUGCGACUGUGCUUUGUCUUCUAUUUUCAGAUGACGGCACACUCCAUAUAAAGGAUCGGGCGGUUGUCGUUGACAAACACCUCGUCAAGCAACGACUCGUAUGGAUCACCAGUUCCAAGUCAGAUGUCAAUCCUUCGAGAUCGACACUUCAAGCCGUCAAUACGUUCCUGAUGCCGCCCUGAGAGAAAGAAGGGAAUGAGAAUUAGG